AUGUUUAUAAUAAUUUUUUUAAUUUGUUUCGUUUCGUUUUGUACCGGUGAAGAACUCACAUUUGAACUGCCGGAUAAUGAGAAAAUGUGUUUCUACGAGGAGGCCAAUGAUAAAGUUGAAUGUGUGCUAGAGUAUCAGGUAAUUACCGGAGGAAAUUACGAUGUUGACGUGGAGUUGACAUCAGCAGAUGGGAGAUCUUUGUAUAAAGAGGUGAAGCGUCAGUAUGAUUCAUUCCACUUCACCACACACAUGAAGGGAGAGAACAGGUUCUGUUUCAGUAACGAGUUCUCCAGCUUCAUACACAAAUUGGUGUACUUUGAUUACAAGUGUGGAUCUGAUGAGGACCCCAUUAAAGAAGCUCUGGACCAGGGAGCCACCCACCACAAGGCUCUCACUCAGAUGGAAUCUUCCAGCAUAGUCAUACAUGAGAACCUCAAAAGUGUCAUUGAUUAUCAAACACAUCACAGACUGAAAGAAGCACAAGGUGAAGAGUUUGCAGAGAAUUUGAAUGAAAGGGUUCACUAUUGGUCAGCGGGUCAGGCUGCUGUUAUCUUGUUGGUCGGAAUUGGGCAAAUCAUUGUUCUCAGAAGUUUCUUUACUGAUAAAAGAUGA